UUUGAGCUGAAACUUCACAGACAUAUUCAGGGGACACCUUAGACUUAUAUUACACUUAUCUUGUAAAAACUGGUUCUAGGGCACCUUUAAGUGCAUUGUUAUGAGUUAUCAAAUAGUCACAUUUACAGUUAGGCUACUGCUACCAUUAUAGUUCUCAGAGGAUAAUUGACAAAAACAGCAAAACAUGCGUGUGUUAUAAAAACAGUGACAGUGUUUUAAUGUUAAUAAGGUCGUAACUUGGAGGGGAAAAACAGGCAUUAGUUGCAUUGCAAAGAUUUUCUCAUUACCUCAUUAUUUAUUAAAAUGGUGAGUAGCCUAAAUAUAAACACUGACCAGUGUCUAAAUAAGCCUGGUUUGGAGCUAAUGGUUAAAUGACUACUCUGGAAGAGACAUGCAAACGCCCCCUUUAGACUACUUGAAAACUGAUACCAAAUACUACACGCCGUUACCGGGGUGAGUUUUCAGAAGUCUAGUGGUCUUUCCAGAAUGGAUGUUUUAGCAGUUCCCCAAAAGAGAGAAGACGGCUGGUACUUGUCUCUUAUGGCACCAAACACAAAGGGACCAAAGUUUGCAUGGCUUGAUCCGUCAAGACUCUAUUGCAAUUCACAGGCACUGUCAGAUUGUGUAAAAGAUCUUCUCAAACCAUUCCAAAAUGAGACCAUUGACCUGGUGGCUGGAAUAGAUGCCAUGGGCUUCAUCCUCGGGUCAGCUGUGGCCAUGAGUUUAGGAAAAGGCUUUUUGGCCAUUCGAAAAGCAGGACACUUGUGUGUUCAAACUCUCACUCAAGACUACAGCGACUACUCUGGACGAGAGAAGCUCAUGGAAGUGCGUGUUGAUGUGUUAAAGCCAGGUCUACGGGUUCUUAUUGUAGACCAGUGGAUUGAGACUGGAGGAACUAUGAGAGCAGCUAUCAAACUGGUGGAGAAUCAAGGAGCUACUGUUGUAGUUGCGGCAUGCAAGAUACAACACAAAGGAUUUGGACAGCUGCUUUCUGGGAGAGGGUGUAAUAGCUCCCGCUGUCGAAUGAAUAGCUAUUAGGAUCACUUUUCAGUAGUCUCGAUUAACUAGCUAAAAUGAGUGCUAUUAUUUCUCUAUUCUUUGUAGGCAUUGCUGCUGUGGCCAUUGAAAACAGUGAGGGAGGAAAGUGGAUAAAGGAAAACUAUAAAUAUUCCCACUGCAUUCCAAAAGAGCUGCAAUCUCAGAUAGACAGUCAAUACCUAGAGUUUUUUUAGAACUUCAGUGGUUAGAAAUAAGGAUAUUCACAUAAAAAUGUGAGAUUCCAAGGGGAAUCAGCCCUUGAAUCAUUUGGAGUAACAUAAUAGGUAAGAAAUGAUCAGAGCUUAUGACAUGUAUUUUUAUAUGUGGAGAUGAAUGGAUCGUGUGAGGACUGAUCUUUCUAAGCUGAAAUGGAUUUGAUCCAUUACACUCUUCCUGUUUUAAGCAUUCAGUCAAAUUGGUCAGAAAUAGUCUGUAGUUGUUACACGAAAUUACCAGUAGAGGUCACUAUCAGAUUGUAACUCAGGGGCCGUAUUCACAAAACAUUUUAUCUUACCACUAAGAGUUCUCCUAAAU